GCGCGUAAACGAGGGCCCGUCCCGGAAGAGAUUGUCCGGUGAAAGGUCAUGAUGUGACUCGUUUUAUUUACGGCAGUAUUUUUAUUUUACUUAUAGUUAGAUUAGACAGGCCUUCACAAAAGGGCAUUUCAUUGCAAAAAAAAUGCUUUAAUGCUUUCACAAUAAGUGUACCUUGUUCAUCCAAAGCAGGGUGCUUGAGCAGUGUGCGCGCAUUAACUCUACAGAAGGUUGUUUGAAUUAACUCUUUAAUAUCAGGUGCCCCCAGAACCGACAUGAUCAGGGUAACGUUAAGCAGGUUUUAGGUUUAUCAACCGAAAGUUCAGGGUUUCGUUGAUGGUAACUCCGCUUUCUCGAAUAACGUUACACCCCUGGUCGAGUUCUAAAAUGUUUAUGUAUCACUCUGCUGUCUUUUUUAUGUCAUAUUCGAAUUUGUUACAAAUUAGCUAAUAAAAUAUUUCAAAUCAAAUAUUCGUUGUGUCUCAGCUGACUAGCGCUCCCUAAAGGAAUUUAAAUGGUGUCACGGCUUCAAAUGUUUUUAAGAAGCACAUCACUUCCUACUCCUUUCCGUUUUCAUUACUGUAACUGUAUGUGUCCGGAUCAUCAUCCAGUGGUGCCUACUCCUGAAACAUGAAUGUUUACAGACUCGCCGUUAGUGUCUGCUGUCUGCUAUUGUUCAUUUAAGAUGAUGGUCGAGAUUUGGCCGAGUGCAGGCUGAUUCGCAGGAGACGCGAGGUUUGUAAGGAGGGGACUUACCAAUAUGAGGGGAAAACCUGCUGCCUCUGCCCCGCCGGUUACAGGGUCAAAGACCUCAAUACCUGUACAGACAACAUUGUAACAAAUUGUGUACAAUGCCGACCUGACUCCUUUACGACACAGCGAAACAGUGAUCCCACUUGUCGGCACUGUAAAAUCUGUGAUUCUAAAGCUGAAAUGGAGAUAAAAGAGACAUGUUCGCUCGUUUCCGACACUGUCUGUGUUUGUACGGAGGGUCAUUACUGUGACAAAGGUGACCUAUGCCAGAUUUGUAACGCUUGUGACACGUGUGAGGGAAGAGGAGUGAAAAUACAUUGCACUGCUACCAACAACACUGUGUGCAACCAUGCUGUUGAUUCUAAUGGCAAUAUUAUUGGGGCUGUUAUAGGUGUUUUAGGCACACUUUUUAUCGUGGCUUUGAUAGUGUUUGUUCUAUGGAGAAAAAAGAUUUGUUUUAAGGACAGAACAGAGGAAGAGACAGACACACUGGACCGACUCAUAGAUGUUGACCUGAAUCCUUACCUCCUAGAUAUUGCUUCUAUUAUGAAACCAUCAUUGAUGAGAAAUGUUGCCCGGCGCACUGGCAUGCCUCGUGUUGACAUUGAACAACAUCAGGAAAACCACCCAAACGAUGUGAAGGAACAGACCUACAGACUUCUGCAGGGCUGGUAUGAGUUUCAGGGUUUGAGCAAAGCCUACCCAACCCUUAUCAAAACACUUCAUGAACAGAGGGCUAAAACAACGGCAGAUCUGAUAAGGAAAAUCGUCGAGGGAGACUAGGCUACAGCUAAGCCAAAGAUUGUAAACUAAAACAGUACACUUUAAAAUAAGAUGAGUCUGUCAGAGCUACAGUAUAGCCUUGUGGUCAGCACUUUGACAUGUAACACAGCAGUACUUGGAUGACCGGAUUUCAAAGUCUGGUUUAAGUCCUGUUCUCUCCUGUUGUUUCAUGUUGAUCUUCACUGUAUUAUCUAUUACAGAUGAAAAAUAAGAUAAGGUAACCUAGUGUGCUAAAAGCGUCACUCAUAUCCUAUGUUCCUAGGUAGAGAAGUGUAUAUAGAGCAUAUCAAUAACACGUUGCAUUGGAUAAUCCAUUUGUUGACAAAAAUUUGAAAUUUGUGAAUGUCUUCUUAAGCUGUAGAGCAGUGUUGUCUAUGCUCAUGUGCCAGACAUAAAAGAGUUGUUGGCUGUCAGGGACUUUUGAGUCUGACCCAGGUCACGUCCUAGUCUUUCUCUCACCCUCUGCUUUCCUUUCAACACUUUACUGUCCUAGGUAAUAAAGGCAAGAAAGCCCCUCUAAAAAUACUUUAAAAAUAUCAAAGAACAUUUUGGAAUAAAUAGUACUGUAAGGAUGCUAGACAUAUACUUAUUUUAGCACUGAUGUGUGUAUGCUGUGUGUAUAAAUGGGGCUGGGGCCCAUUCUUAUAAGUUUGCUCUGGGCCCCAUGAAUUCUUCUGGGGGACUCACUACCAUGAAGUGCCUUUAAAAUUUAUUAAAUACAUUUUUUACACAAAAUUAAAUUCAACAUCUAACUUAUUUAAUUUUUUGAGUGAUACUUGUUGGGAAUAAAGUGUUGGGAAUGUAUGGAAGUACAUUUGUUGCUUCUAAGCUUUGCAUUUUAGUAAAAUAGGACUUAUUCCACCUUCGUAUUUAUUUAUGCAUUUAUGAUUUAUGCUAGGAGCGAAUUAUCUGUCUAGAGUAGAUUUACUACUUGCUCCGUUGCUUUUAAACCACUGUUUUUAAUGCGUAAUAACAGAUCUCACAGCUGUUACAAGUAUGAGUGCAUUGGAAAUAAUUUUUUGCUCCUACUUUAUCAAAGGUAAAUGCAAACGGUACAACUACAAGGACACUUUAUUGUACUGUUGAAACAUUUCCAAACUGAACAACCGUAAGAUGUUUUCUAAAGAAUAAAAAAUUAAGAUUUGUUUCCCUUCUUGUUUAAAA